AUGGCUACCGUUCUCCUGGACAACGAUUACUGCAAGGAGGUUCAAAUAGAAGUCAACAUCGAGGAUCUGCCGCCGACGUCGGUCGGGAGUCGUGCUUCGCCAGACCACUACGGCUCCCCUCCUCGGAGAAUCGACUGGAGGCGUACGGCAGCGUGGCUCCACGAGUGCCGCCAAAGCCACGAUGAAUGCCGCCCCAAGGAAGCAGGGAGCCUGUCGCCCAAUUUCUGCGUCAUCGACGUCCAUGAGGGCAAACUAGUGCGGCCAACGCUGCCUUGUCGGUACCUGGCGCUGAGCUACGUCUGGGGCUCGGGGCUUGACCGGUCGAAGCUGAUAGCAAAGCUCUCUAACGCCAAAAGCCUUCAAGAACCCGGAUCUCUCCAGCCGACUCUUUUGCCACGGACCAUUGCGGAUGCGAUGGUGGUGUGCAGGGAACUCUCUGAGCGAUACCUCUGGGCUGAUUGUCUGUGCAUCAUGCAAGACGACGCGGAAGACAAGAGCGAGCAGAUAGGAAUGAUGGCCAGCAUUUACACCGCAGCUCAAGCGGUGCUGGUGGUUGCUUCUGGCAGCAGUAUGGAUCAAGCAAUUCCCGGAGUGUCGCUGGACCGCCCGGAGAAGAAUCAGUCCAGAUUUCUUGGACUGCGCCUCACAGAGUCAACUUCCAAGGAGCCGUGGGAACUGCUCGAGUCGAACAUAUGGUCAACCCGAGGUUGGACGUACCAAGAGGGAAUUCUCCCCAGUAGGAAGCUGUACAUAAUGGACAGAGAAGUAUGGUUCGAGUGCGGAGAAGUCGUUGUUCGCGAAGAUGUCUACACCGAUAAAUGGAAGGGAAAGUACAUCAAAAGAGGAAGCAAACUUGCCAGGGAACCCGUGUCUCGAUGGCUGGGGGCGUUACAUGCCCCAGGGCGUGAUGAGUCUGACGACCAACCACCCUGGGAGUCGUACCACCAGCACUUGUCUCGAUAUACCCAACGAACGCUGGGCGAUGAUCGCGAUAUCUUCAACGCCUUCAUGGGCAUCUUGAACCCUUUGUUCAACGACCACGGCGGCACUACAUUCGGCCUCCCUUUAGCGAAUUUUGAUCGGGCACUUCUCUGGGCCGAUAAACCAUCCUAUAAGAAUGCGGUGUCGCCUGGACUGCGCCGGGGUGCACCAACUUGGUCAUGGGGUUCAAUGCACGGCCAGAUCAUUGCUGGAGGACAGGAUUUCAUCGGAACCUUGGUCCGGUGGUCGCAAUACAGCGAGGCGGAGAGAGACUUGGUUGAGGUGAGUAUUCCAGAGCGUCAAUGGCCAGGUGGGCCGGGGAUAGGCUUCAUCAAGGACGCCACGUGCUUGGCCAUCGCGUGGGCGAAUGGACUCUUCAAAGAACCGUGUCCUGGGUACUUGGAUCACAACGAAACUUCAUUUGAGAAACUUAACGAGAUCACGACCCGGAUAUGGCCUUCGCCUCGCGAUUUCCCGAAAGACGCGCUUGAGAAGGCAGAACUGGAUAAAUACGCUUCGCUCGACAUUCGGAAAGCAGGCAUACUAUGUGGUCGGGUGCAGACUGCUGUUCUCAAGAUCGUGAGAGUGAGUUGUGUGUCGGUUUCACGUCCGCCGGAAGGAGUAAAAGAAGAUUACAACAUCCUUGACCACCGAGGCGACUCCGUUGGAUUAAUUAACCAUCUGCCCACUUCCACACUAGAGAGCCAGAUCGGCCCUGGGGUCCUUGAUGGCGGUACAGACGCGGAGUUCUUAGCACUCUCUGUGGCGACAUGGGUAUGCUCCCCGGCUCGUUUAUGUGAUAGCCCCACGGAAAUGAGGAGGCAGGAGUGGUCAUUCCUUGACUGCAAUGGCAGGGCUUCGUAUCCGUACCCAGUCGUCAACGUCAUGCUCGUCUGGACUGAUGAGGAAGGGUACUCGUACCGGAUUGGCAUUGGAGAAGUUGUGAUGACAAAGUGGGCUGAAGCAAAGCGAGUGGUUAGAAACGUUGCAUUGAAGUAG